AUAAUUAUUGUUGCAGCCGCUGACGAGCACUUUGGAAGUGUGUUUAUUGUCUCACACUCAGGACACGAACACGGGUCGACAUGUCUGCAAACGUUCCCGGAGUGAUAGCAAUGCUGCUCUUCUACCUGCUGGUGCUCGGAGUCGGCAUCUGGGCCUCCAUCAAGUCCAAGAAGGAGGAGAACAAAAGUGCUGCCGACAAAAUUGAGAUGGCGCUGCUGGGAAACCGAAGCAUAACAAAGCUGGUGGGGAUCUUCACAAUGACAGCCACGUGGGUUGGAGGCUGCUUGAUGAUGGGCUUAACUGAGAUGAUAUACACCCCCUCUAUGGGACUAGUGUCAGCGGUACUCCUCUUAGCAGCUUUAUCUUUUUCGUUUAUUUUGGGUGGCCUUGUGUUCAUCAAGCCAAUGAGAGACCACAAAUAUGUGACCAUGUUGGACCCUUUCCAGAUCAAGUAUGGAAAAGCAUACACAGCCGUUCAGUCACUGGGCGCACUUCUAAGCGAUAUUUUGUGGCUGGCUGGAACACUAAUCAGCUUAGGUGCCACCAUGAAUGUGAUUUUGGAUUUGCCUUACUCUGUGAGCAUCUGGAUCUCCACUGCCGUGGUGAUUGUGUACACACUGCUGGGCGGUUUCUACUCUGUGGCGUACACAGACAUCAUACAGGUCAUCCUCAUUUUCAUCACCAUGUGUGUCUGCGUACCGUUUAUCCUGAUGAGCCCCACCUCUGUGGACAUUACUCAGACGGCCCUGAACAACACUUUUCAGGCGCCCUGGAUUGGUAAACUGGAGAGAAAGUUUGCUUGGACAACGAUCGAUACCUUCUUAUAUCUGGCAAUGGGAGGCCUGGGAUGCCAAGCUUUCCACCAGAGGACCUUGUCGGCUACUUCCACAUCGGCAGCUAGGGUCACAUGCUUCGUGGCGGCUUUCACUAUCUUGCUAUUUGGAAUCCCUCCUAUACUGAUCGGGGCAGUGGCUGUAUCCACAGACUGGAACCUCACGUCUUAUGGUUCUCCGUCUCCGUUGGAACGUGGGAAUGGAGCUAUGAUCCUGCCGAUCGCCCUCAACCACCUCACCCCGACCUUCGUCUCCAUCACUGGCACCGGAGCUAUUUCUGCUGCCGUCAUGUCCUCGGCCGACUCUGCUCUGAUCUCCAUCGCCUCCAUUUUCACUUGUAACAUCUACAAGUCGAUCCUGAGGCCUCAGGCAUCACAGAGAGAGAUCCAGUGGGUGAUCCGUGCGACUGUGGUCGUGGCGGGCUUGAUCGGUACAUCACUCACCAACAUCAAAAACAGUAUCAUUCUGUUGGUGUUCCUUUGUUACGAAGUGUCCUACAUCUUGAUCUUCUCUCAGCUCGUCUGCGCCCUCUUCUUCAAAAUGUCCAACUUCUACGGGGCCGCCGCGGGCUGGCUGAUCGGGUUGGUGCUGAGGCUGCUCAGCGGAGAGCCGGCACUGGGGUUAGCGCCGGUCAUACACUUCCCGGGAUGCACUCUGGAGGAUGGCUCUUAUGUCCAGUACUAUCCAGUGAAGACCAUCUGCAUGCUCUCUGCCAUGGCCGCCAACCCGUUGUUCUCCUACCUGGCCGCCGUGCUUUUCAACAAAGGGUUGCUUCCUGAGAAGUGGGAUGUGUUCAAAUUGAAAGCCCAGGACUCCGCUGACGCCAAGAGAUGCGAUGAGAAGGAGGCGCUCGAUGAAACUGAAUCUCCCCGAGAUAUUUUGGAGCCGAUGAUCACCACCACAUGUUAA